GGCGAAAGAGGAUGGGAUGUGGCGACGGCGUCCAUCAGCAGCGGCGCUCGGAGUACCUCUGCUACGCUGCGGCGCCUCCCGAGUUGGAGAGAAGGGACCGGUGAUUCUUGAUGGGGACGGCGGAGCAAGGCAAAGAGGAAGAACGUCUGAGUCAGAGGAGGGGCAAGGUGUGAGGUGGUGGUGCGAGGAGUAGCCAAGAAGGUGCGGCGGCGAAGUGGAGCACCGCCGCCGCCUGGAAUUUGUGCACUCGUGCGGCUUGCUCUAUCCACUCUCGGCUGGGCACUCAAGGCUCAAGUUUUUUUUUUGAGACAAACUCAAGGCUCAAGUAAAUAGUGGGUUAUGGUGGGGUCCCAAUGGGCUAAUAGGGCUAGCCCACUUAAUAUUUUUCAAAUCCAAUGAGAGUCCACUAAUGCUACUUAAGUGGGAUGGGAUAAUUAGUCCCACUUAGUCCCACCUCCACCUGCAGCUUGAGUUCCGCUCAUCGGUCUGUAAACUGGCAUGUACGUAUGUCUUGUACAUUGUUGGUGCUUUAGCUUUGUUCUGUAGUUUUCUUUGAUCCGCUUUGCAAGAGGUCUUUUUCUUUUUGAAACAACGCUUUGCAAGAUGCUACCAGAGCUUUGCUCGCGGGGCCUGCUGGUCCACAAAACACUGGAAGUGCGCUGCGUCCUCCCCAGGAAACAUCAGAAUCCGACAUGCAUUGCCCAACCGCAUGCUGAUGGAAAAUUCACGGGUAAAACAACCAAUUGAGAUUUCACAGCUUGAGGGGACGCAUGCCGGCAUGCGUGCUGUCGCUCACUCUUACGUCAGCGGAGUUAGGUCUCGCUGGGUUUGGCCAACGUCGACGAACUGGUCUUGCAAGUUGCCCUCUUCUUUUUGUCUUAAAACUACUGAUCUACUGAUAUACACUUUGUUACUCUCGUUGAAUUUACCACAGUAGACUGGUUCAUCGCUGUAGGAGCAAGCCGCAUGCAUGGUUCGCCAAAAAUGAACCCAUCUCGUAACCGGCAUCUCGCCGUCCUCUUCUUUAAAUGGAUGAUACGCAUGCUAUGCGUAUUCGCCAAGAAAAAAUGCAUCAAUCUUGAGCUGGGACUUCGUUAUGACGCUGAUGGGCAGUACGUUAGCGCAGAUCCAGUCAAACUAAACUCCAUGACAACUUGGCCAGUUGCAUUUUCAGUUUUUAGGUGAGAUGCAAGUUGCAUUUCUUACAUGAUGAAAAGGCUACCUACUGAUGAACAGAACGUUUUGUUUCAUCCACAUUGUUAAUCGAGCGCCGAGGCCAAGUUAAUCCAAAUAGUACUAAGUUGUGUUUCUCUGCUAUAUAACUACGUACAGAAUCAUGAACAGAACUGCGUAGACAGUACAUUUGUAGCAGAGAAACACAAACGCUUAUUUUUUGCAUGACCACUUGCAAACAUUGCAAGAACCCAAGAGUACCAUGGUGAUCAGCUUCAGUUGCUCAGCAAGUAGAAAACUGACGGGGAUCUUGGCCUUGCUGUUCAUGAUGACCCGAGUCUAUGGCCAGUCUACUUCGGGGUUCAUAAGCAUCGAUUGCGGAAACAGACGCACCAACAAGGACAGCACAACAGGAAUACAAUACCAUUCUGAUCAUCGAUUUGUCGAUGGUGGAUUGAGCCACAAGAUUUCAACAGAGUUCAUGGAUGAUGCCGCGAAUGAGCAACAAAAAACCUUGAGGAGCUUCCCUCAGGGCUCAAGGAAUUGCUACACGCUGCUAUCCGCCACUGGUAAGAAGUUUUUGGUGAGGGCUAUGUUUACUUAUGGCAACUAUGAUGGGUUGAACAGUACUAUGAGCGGAUCGGUUUUUCGGUUUGGGCUGCAUAUCGGUGUCAAUGUCUGGGAGGCGGUGAACUUGACCAAUUGGGAUCCAUCAAGCACAAUAUGGAAGGAGGUGCUCACCGUUGCUCCGGGCAACAACCUGUUGGUCUGCCUGAUAAACUUCGGUACAGGGACACCGUUCAUGUCUUCGUUGGAGCUGAGGCCACUGCAAGAUGUGAUGUACCCUUUUGUGAAUUCUUCGGUGUCAAUCAGCUAUUUUAGACGGAUCAGAUUUGGUCAAGCCACUGAAUUUAUCACAAGAUAUCCAUUGGACCCGUACGACCGGUUCUGGGAGGGCUGGUCUUUCUCCUACAACACCUACCCCUGGAUGACCCUAAACACUAGCAGUCCAGUGAGGAGGCUACCCGGCGACAACACCUUCCAGGUACCAGAGGGCAUCCUCCAGCAGGCCAGCACCCUAGACACAAACUACUCCUUCUUCGAGAUCAAUGUGGCAGUGGGUCCCAACCUGGACCCAACGAACCUGCAGCUUCUCCCGAUCUUCCACUUUGCCGAGGUCGUUGACAACAAUCCAAAUAGGUCGUUCAACAUCUACAGCGGCGACGAAAUGUUGUUCCCAGACUUCUCACCUUCGCGAUCCCAGGUGGACAGCAUGCACCAGAAUGGGCGCUUCUUGCAUAACCCCGCAGCCUCCUUCCUCCUGAACAAGACCAACAACUCGGUGCUCCCACCGCUCAUCAAUGCGUUCGAGCUGUACUCUCUCGUCCGGAUGGAUAACCUCACCACUGACUCCAAAGACGUCAAAUACAUGAAAGAAGUCAAGAAGCACUACAGUGUGGCACGAAUAAACUGGAAUGGUGAUCCAUGCUCACCGAGAGAGUAUUCCUGGGAAGGUUUGACUUGCGACUACUCUAAGAGCAACCCGAAUCCGAGGAUUGUCGCAGUAAAUCUGUCUACCAGCGGACUGAAAGGUGGAUUAACCAUAUUAUUCAUGAACAUGGUAUCACUGGAAACCCUGGAUUUGUCACACAACAAUUUGACAGGAGGUAUUCCAGAGUACGAAAUGAAGUCAAUGAAAGUUUUCGAUUUGUCAUAUAACCAGCUCGAUGGACCAAUCCCUCAUUCUAUUCUUCAAAGAUAUCAGGCUGGUCUGCUUGACUUAAGAUUAGAAGGCAAUCCUAUAUGCUCAAAAUUCAAAGAUACGUAUUGCUCAAAUAAGAAGAAGAGCACCACACCCAUCAUGCUCAUUGCAGUGAUAGUUCCUGUGGUACUGGUGUCCCUCCUAGUAGUGAUGGGCACACUCUGGAAGUUAUACUGGAAAGGGAAGUCGGGAGACGAUAAAGAGUAUGCUAUGUAUGAAGAGGAGGAGACUCCCCUACAUAUUGAUAUCAGACGGUUCACGUAUGCAGAGCUGAAGUUCAUAACUAAUGACUUCCAAUCAAUCAUUGGAGAAGGAGGUUUUGGUAUUGUUUAUCAUGGCACACUGGAAAAUGGUGAUGAGGUAGCUGUUAAGGUGCUUAAGGAGACAUCAAUAUCAGAAUCAACAGACUUCCUCCCUGAGGUGCAAACCUUGUCCAAAGUUCAUCACAAGAAUCUCGUGACUUUGCAAGGAUAUUGCCAGAACAAGAAGUGCCUUGCACUCGUUUAUGACUUCAUGCCUAGAGGAAAUCUUAAACAGCUUUUAAAAGGAGGAGAUGACUAUAGUUUGACCUGGGAACAGCGACUUCAUAUUGCCCUUGAUGCUGCGCAAGGACUGGAGUAUCUACACAAGGCAUGCACCCCAUCAAUAGUGCACAGAGAUGUCAAGACCCCAAACAUCCUUCUGGACAAGAAUAUGGUGGGGGUAAUAUCUGAUUUCGGGCUUUCACGGGCUUUUAACGAUGCCCACACACACAUAUCUACUGUUGCUGCUGGCACUCUUGGCUACCUCGACCCUGAGUACCAUGCAACUUUCCAACUCACUGUCAAGACAGACGUUUACAGCUUCGGCAUCGUGCUCUUGGAGAUCAUCACCGGCCAAUCCCCAGUAGUUAUGGACCCUCAAGCUGUCCACCUACCAAAUUGGGUGCGGCAAAAGAUAGCUAACGGCAGCAUUCACGAUGUUGCAGACAAGAAACUGCUGGAUCUGUACGAUGCCACUUCCCUGCAGAGUGUAGUGGACCUGGCCAUGAACUGCCUCGAAAACGCAGCCAUCAACAGGCCGACCAUGACCGAGGUUGCUUCAAGGCUCAAAGUGUGGUUGCCAGCUGUUUCUGGGACCCCUCGACAUACGGACUCCAUGGAUACUGAAAUUCCAAGGCAGUUCCGGCUGAUGAUUUCAAGAGCAAGAAACGAGGGGAUAUCCUUCCAGUCUGGCUAUACCAAUGGGAUUUCACAAACGAGCCUCUUUUCUGGACGGUGAAAGGGAGACGCCUAGUGUGUUUCUUGUCGGAUCCUCUUAGAUAAUGUUUGGUAAUUUGCUUAAUUGUGUUGCCAUUGAUCGUCCGUAAACUGGUGUUUAGUAAUUGUAUGACUUUCAGAUUCUAAUAUUGCUCGUUUCUACCGGUAAUAGUGCUCAAGCAUGAAGCUGCUCGUGCAUCAAGACCUAACCCCUUCCGUUUGAGAACUCGGUGGCCCAUUAAUUAGUGCCCGUACAUCAGGUCCACAGCAAUCCUAAGACAAAGUGGUCUGCGUACACAUUGCCGCCUAAGGAUUCGGCCUUUUAUUCCCCAUUCUCUAUUGCGAGCAUGUGGAUUCAGAUCUAAAGUACUUGUUUGUUCCACCAAAUCAUCCGAGCAUCUGCGGAGUUUUUCGACUAACACAACACUACAUGCGAUGGCACACAAGUUGGAGCCUGAGGACCUGAGUAGAAAUGGCACAUG